AAUUUUUACGCUUAAUCAUGCUCACCAAGAUUUUUAUGUAAACAACUGUGAAUACAAUUAAACUUAUUUUCGUAUGUUUAGUUAAUAUAUUAUUCAAAAAACAUUUUCGAUGAAAAUAAUGGACUUACACUUUUAUAUGAAUUUUUGUUUUUAUAAAGUACUGAUUCGAUAAUUUGCGGUGUAAUUAAUAAACAUAUCCGGAAAUUUUCACACGGUAUACACUAACAUCGAAACGAGAGAAGUAUUUCCUAUGUAAAAUAAAUAUAUCUCUUAAAUUCUAAGCAAUUCUAGAAUCUAUAAAUCCGUUAAAUUUGAACGAGCAAUUUCCGAUUUAUCAGAACUGCCAUCUAUUUCCUAGCCGUCUUGGCGGUAAGAAAGCGCGGGUAUCGUCAACAGCACAACAAAACUGGUUCAAGCACGCCGGUCGUUAUUAGAUGAGUCUAAGUGCCAGUACUUGUUGCCUUUAUCUGUUCGUUGUUUAAUUACUUAAAAUCGCAUAAGAACAAGCCGGGACAAUGUUUGAAGCACGUUUAGUACAAAGUGCCAUCCUGAAGAAGGUAUUGGAUGCGAUAAAAGAUCUUUUAACCGAAGCGACUUUCGAAUGUUCCGACUCGGGUAUACAAGUACAAGCCAUGGACAAUGCCCAUGUCUCUUUGGUUUCUCUCAGCUUGAGAAGUGACGGUUUUGACAAGUAUAGAUGCGAUCGAAAUUUAUCGAUGGGCAUGAGCAUUCCGUGCAUGUCAAAAAUUUUACGAUGCGCUGGUUCAGACGAUACAGUUACUUUGCGGGCACUGGAUAAUCCAGAGACAAUUACGUUCAUUUUCGAAUCGCCGAACAAAGAGAAACUUGCCGAGUACGAAAUGAAACUGAUAAACAUGGACCAAGAACAUCUUGGCAUUCCUGAAACCUCAUAUUCGUGUGUCGUAAAAAUGCCAUCUCAAGAAUUUACUCGCAUCUGUAGAGAUCUGAGCCAAUUCGGAGAGUCGAUAACGUUUGCAUGUUCUAAGGAGGGCAUAAAGUUCAGUGCCGCUGGGGAUUACGGGCAAGCCACUGUCAAGUUAGCACAGACGGCGGAUACGGAUAAUGAAGAGGAAGCUGUGGUCGUUAAUAUGCAAGAAUCGGUAAAGUUAACGUUCUCGUGUCGUUAUCUCAACUGCUUUGUGAAGGCUGGACCUCUCUGUGCACAAGUACAACUAUCAAUGUCUAACGACGUGCCCUUGGUGUGCGAGUACACGAUCGGAGAUAUCGGGCAUAUUAGAUAUUAUUUGGCACCCAAAAUUGAAGAUGAUGAAGAGAACUAAGGUUUUUAGAACUUUUAUUUCAGUAUAUAAGAUAUCUCAGUGUUUGCCGUGUCGCGCUUCAUCAGUAUAUCAGUUUUUGCCUACUGUAGGAUACACUGAUGAAGCGUAACAGAAAAACGUAGGACACCUUGCACGAACUUGUCACGAGGCAUUUCGAUUCUUUUUCCGUUAUAUUUGUCGCGCUACAUAUUUUUUUAAAGAUCUUGGAAUAGAGUAAUGGCACAUCGCUUAGAUAAAAAAAAGGUAUAUUUUGUUAUUCACUACUGAGGAAUGAUUAAGGAUGAUUAAAAAUACUUUUAAGUUAAUAUAUUUAAAUUUUACAUUUAAAAGUCGUUUGGCUCGUCACAGUGUUAGCGCAACAUAGAAUUGACACUAAGAUUCAUAAUAGAGUGACA